UGAAUCACCGACACCACAGCCCCUGGAGGGAGAAAAGAAAAGGCAACUUCUACAUGGAGAUUUUCCUCGUGGCAGCAAUAAUUUGGCUACUCUUCCUCUGCAUGCUUUACGAAUCCCUAUACCGUAAAUCACACAAAACUUGCUACCUACUAGGUUACCAGUGCUACAAAGCUCCCGACGACCUCAAGUUAAGCGCUGGAACGGCAGCCAAAAUCGCUCUCCGAAACAGAAACCUGGGCCUGGAAGAAUACAGGUUCAUGGUAAGGACCAUGGUCCGCUCCGGCAUCGGGGAAGAAACCUACAUCCCCAGGAACAUCAUGGAAGGUCGUGAAAUGUCCCCAACACUCCAGGACUCCCUCGACGAGAUGACCGAAGCCACUUUCAGCAACCUCGACAGCCUGUUCGCCAGGUCAGCAGUCUCCCCUUGCCAGAUCGACAUCCUAGUCACCACCGGAUCCCUAUUCGCCCCCGUCCCCUCCCUCUCCAGCCGGAUCGUCAACCACUACGGGAUGAAGGAAGGGAUCAAGUGCUUCAGCCUCACCGGGAUGGGGUGCAGCUCCAGCGUCAUCGCCGUCGAUCUGGUCCGACAGUUGUUCAACACGCAUCCCAACAGCUUCGCGGUCGUCGUGGCGGUGGAGCUGACGGCGCCCAAUUGGUACGGAGGGACGGACAGGUCGAUGAUGUUGUCCAACAUUCUGUUCCGAGCCGGUGGGAGCUCCCUCAUCCUCACCAACCACCCGUCCUGGAAGGACCGUGCCAUCCUGAAGCUGGACGCUGUGGUCCGGAACCACGUAUCCGACAACGAGGCGUACGAAUGUGCCAUCCACGUAGAGGACAACCAAGGCUACGUGGGCGCCCGACUGACCAAAGCUCUACCCACGAUAGCCAUGCGGGCUUUGGAGGGGAACCUUAGGGUCCUGCUUCCCAAGGUGCUUCCCCUGUGGGAAAUCCUACGUUUUGUCGUGGCUAGCUACUAUUGGAAAACCAGGAUGAUGGGGGAGAAGGAUGCAAAAUCACCGGUCAUUGACAUGAAGACUGGGAUCCAGCAUUUCUGCAUGCAUACAGGUGGGAGAGCGGUGAUCGACGGCUUUGAGAAGAGUUUUGGGUUGGGGGAAUAUGACAUGGAACCUUCGAGGAUGUCACUCCAUCGAUUCGGGAACACUUCUUGCAGCAGCCUUUGGUAUGUUUUGGGGUACAUGGAGGCCAAAAAGAGGUUGAAGAGAGGUGACAGGAUCAUGAUGGUGGGGUUGGGUGCAGGGUUUUUGUGCAACACUUGCGUCUGGACGGUGAUGAGGGACUUGGAAGACGUGAAUGUGUGGGGAGACUGCAUCGAUCGUUAUCCUCCAGGAACAUUAGUGGUGAAUCGGAUGGAUGAAAUCUUGGAUUGGAUUUUUGAUGAUUGCAUGAGUUUCAUCAAUUUCCAAGAUUAUGACCGCACCACACUCUUUGCUCGCUAAAGUGGUGAAGGGUGGAAAGUUACUGCUACGUACGACAUUAUAUAUACACAUAAAGUUCAGGUCUGGAUGUGUAACAAAAUAUUCAUGUGUGGAAAUGAGAAUUUAUUAUUCUUAAAAUGAAAAUAAUUCCGUAUUCGCAAACUGUAAUUAAUCACUCAAAUGUUAUAAAAAUACUCCUGUAUUUAUUAACGGUGUGUCUAUUUCCGUAACGCAAACUGUAAUCACUUAAAUGUUGUUAUAAAAAUACUUCUAUAUU